AUACGUGUGUGCGCGUUGGUGCUGUCUGAACCUUCUUGGCUGCUGUAGUAUUCUACGGCAACCCGUGAGGUACAUAGCUGCAAAACCAGCGUGGCUACAAGGGGCGUGUGCCGUGUAGUGUUGUUGUGCUUCGCUAAAAUGGAGGGGGGUGAAGAUGAAACGGAGCCGCAGCCGCUGGCAACAGAACUUAGAGAUGACGCUACAAAAGAAAUACAACCGCCUCCGCGUUCUUUGAAAGCACACGUUUGGAAACACUUUGGAUUUUACCGUCAACUGGGCAAGAAAGAGCUUGACAUGACGUUUACAGUUUGCCGACAUUGCCACGCAAAAGUAAAGUAUUUUGGAAAUACUUCAAAUACCUGUGCACACUUGAACAGAUACCACCCAGAGUUAUCAGAAGAAAAGGACGAUACACCAACACCAGCUGCAGCUGACCAACGCACUCUCCACCAGUUUACAAAACUACCACCCAGUUCGGCACGGGCAAAGAAGCUAACGACAGCCAUCGGCUGUUUCAUUGCAAAAGAAAUGCAACCAUACAGAUCAGUGGAGAAAGAGGGCUUUCGGUUCAUGUGGAAAGUUGCAGAGCGACGGUAUGUUAUACCAUCACGCGCCGUAUUCACAGACACUGUUGUGCCCCGUCUUUACAGAGAGACUAAGGAAAAAGUUGGGAACGCUGUUAUUAAAGCCGCCCGAGUAGCGCUUACAUGUGACCACUGGACCUCUAGGGCAACCGAGUCGUACGCCACAUUCACUGCCCACUACAUCACAGAUGAAUGGGAGCUCAAGUCUCAAGUUUUGCAAACAAGGGCGAUGCAUGUAAGUCAUACUGCUACUAACGUGAAUGAAACAUUUCACGCGGUCGCACGAGAAUGGGGGCUGACGCUCAGUGACUUGGUGAUUGUUACCGAUAACGCAGCCAACAUGAUUGCUGCUAUGCGGCUUGAUGAUGAGCUAACACACGUAACGUGUUUUGCACACACACUCAACCUCGCAGCCCAGAAGGCUCUGAAGCUUCCUACUGUUGCCCGGCUGCUAGGGAGGAUCAGACGAAUAACCGGGUUCUUCCACAGGAGUGCCGUGGCAGCUGACGCCCUAAAAGCGAGUCAGAAUGCGAAGGGGAUCUCGGAUCACUCAUUGAUAACCGACGUCACAACCAGAUGGAAUAGCGCGCACGGUAUGGUGGAACGGUUUCUGGAGCAGCUACCUGCUGUAUGUGCCGCUCUUGCCUCUCCUGAUGUGAGAAGAAAUAACAGCACCGACAGUGCCGCGCUAACUGAUGUAGAAAUCAAACAUGCUGAAGAAAUAAUCAUGACACUCAGACCAUUGAAAGAUGCCACCAACAUUAUGUCCGAGGAUUCCUCUCCCACACUGUCAGUCAUAGCUCCACUGACUGCACAGCUGAUUCAAGACACAGAGUUGGACUUGGCUGACUCUCCAAUGGUCCGUGACAUCAAACGGGCGGUCCAUGAGGACUUAGCACCAAGAUACAGCAGUGUGAAAACUCAGAACCUUCUUCACAUGGCCUCUGCACUCGACCCCCGGUUUAAAGCACUGCCUUUCCUCUCUGAAGAAGAACAGCAGGACAUCCAUGCCAGGAUGAUAGCAGAGGCUGUAGCACUCGAGGACCCAGGAGAGGCUGAAGGCAGUCCUGUGGAGCCAGAGACAGGCCAAGCUGAAGACCCUGCCCCAAAAAGAAGAUCAACAUCUGCUGCACUGGUCAAUCUGCUGGGGAAGACAGUCACUGAGGUCAGAGCUGCCCCCAAAUCAGUCAGUACCAGAGCUGAGGAGGAGAUGAAAAAGUACUCGGAGCAACCUGCACUCCCUCUCACAGAAGACCCCCUUAUGUGGUGGAAGUCCAAAGAGAAAGAUCUCCCUCUACUAGCCAAAUUAGCUCAACGCAUUCUAUGUAUCCCUGGUACAAGUGUUGCAGCAGAGAGAGUAUUCUCUACUGCUGGAGAUGUAGUGACAGCUCAGCGGAGCUGUCUCUUAUCAGAGCAUGUAGAUCAGCUCAUUUUCCUCCAAAAGAACCUACAGAUUAGUGACUAUGAUAAUUAAUCCUCCUAUUCUACACUGACAUUUUUGUGAAGCACUUUUGGGAUUUGUUGUCAAGUUACAAAGUUUUAUUGUACUGUUUUGUUAGGGAAAAAAAAGGGAAAUGUAACUGUCUACUACAGUAGUUUGUGUAAUUUUAUUUUUGGAAGUGGAAUGUUCUCAGAAAUAAAGGCAGCUAGCCUAAGUCAAGUCAGCCAGGCUAACAGUUUACAGUAGUAAAGAAGUUGUUGUAACAGUAUUAAUGUUUUUGUUAAUACAAAAAUGAGAAAUAUAACUACUGGUAUUUAUUUUAAUUUUGUAAUUAUUUUGGAAGUGGCAUAUUCUCAGGAAUAUAAGAUGGCUAGCCUAUGCCCAUUUGAUUUGUCUGUUGCUUUAUAAGAAGUAGUAAAUGAACAACAGUUGUUAAUUGUUGCAGUAUCGUGUUGUUUAUAGUAAUGUUGAGAAGUGGAACCAAGUUCUGGCACAGACUGGCAGCUAGCCUAACAGCACCUUAUUGUUUUAUUGUGUACUGCUGAUAAUUGAAGCAACUGAGUGACAUUCAUUCAGUCAGAUGUUAAACUGUUUUUUCCAGUUAAAAAUAUGUUCUGUCUGCAAGCAUAAAUAAAUCAGAGAGACAACUUAUUGUUGUCUUGGAUUUACAUUAAUAUGUGCUUACAUUAUUGCAGUUAAUAAAACAUUGUCCUUUACAAUUAUAAAAGUUAAAAAAUAUAUAUACUAUGCUGUGUAUUGAAUGAAUAGAGAAUCGUUUUGAAUCGGAAAAAAAUCGUUUUUGAAUUAAGAAUCGAGCUGAAUCGAAAAAAUCGUUUUGUAAUCGAAUCGU